AUGAAAGCGUACCGUAAUUUUUAUGCUAUUAUAAAAUCAAAUUCUGAAUAUUUUAAAGCGAAACACGUUCUAAAAGUUUCGCAAUGUACGUUUUCAACUUCCUUCGCCCACAGUAGCAAGUUAUAUGAUUGUCCAUAUGAAGCUGUCAAAGACAUCAAAGACAAUUCAACUGUAGUCGUUGGAGGUUUUGGUCUUUGUGGUAUUCCUGAAAAUUUGAUCAGUGGGUUGAAGAAGAAUGGAGCCAAGAACUUAACAAUAGUUAGUAACAAUGCCGGAGUUGAUGGAGAAGGGCAGGAGGUUGGACUUGGUCAACUCAUUCGCACCAAACAAGUGAAGAGAAUCAUUGCCUCGUACGUUGGAGAGAAUACAGAAUUUGAGAGGCAAUACAUGCAAGGAGAACUUGAAGUUGAACUUACACCCCAGGGAACAUUAGCAGAAAGAAUGAGAGCUGGGGGUGCGGGCAUACCGGCCUUCUUCACAGCCACUGGGUAUGGAACACUGAUCCACCAGGGCGGAGCCCCCAUUAAGUACAACAAGAAUGGAGAUGUCGAGAUCGCCAGUGAACCAAGGGAGGAACGUGUCUUCCACAAUCGCCACUACAUAAUGGAGGAGGCCAUCAAAGGAGAUUUUUCAUUGGUCAAAGGAUGGAAGGCCGAUAAAUAUGGAAAUGUCAUUUUCAGGAAGGCAGCAAGAAAUUUUAAUGUUCCAGCAGCCAAAGCAGCAAAGGUGUGCAUAGUGGAGGUGGAAGAGAUUAUAGAUGGCGCUCUGCCACCUGAGAACAUACAUCUACCCGGAGUCUAUGUGCAGAGGCUGUUGAAAGGAGCUUUGUAUGCUAAGAAAAUUGAGAGGAGAACAACAAAAGAGAAGCUGAAAGCAUCAUCAGGCGUCUCUGGAUCAAGGAAACUAGUGAUGGAUCAAAUAAUCCGCAGGGCAGCACUGGAGUUCAAAGAUGGAAUGUAUGCCAACCUAGGCAUAGGAAUGCCAAUGCUGGCAAGUAACUACAUCCCAGAUGGAAUGUCCGUACAUCUUCAAAGUGAAAAUGGGAUUCUGGGAUUGGGCGAGUACCCGACGGAAGAUCAGGUAGAUGCCGAUCUCAUCAAUGCCGGUAAGGAGACGGUGACCAUCACAGAGGGCGGAAGCUACUUUUCAAAAGUGCAUCAAUCAUUUGACAUCGUCAUCAGGAGUCACAUCGACAUCUCAAUUCUUGGUGCAUUCCAGGUUUCCAAGUUUGGAGAUCUAGCCAACUACAUGAUUCCUAUGGUGAUGGUGAAAGGGAUGGGUGGAGCCAUGGAUCUUGUGUCUGCCCAGCACACCAAAGUCGUCGUCACGAUGGAGCACAUGUCUAAGGACGGAAAACCGAAAAUUCUGAAUGAAUGCACCCUGCCACUGACUGGCAAGCAUUGUGUGGACGUCAUCAUCACUGAGAAAUGCGUCUUCAAUGUGGACAGUGUUAACGGGCUGACGUUAGUUGAACUGGCGGAUGGGGUAUCCGUUGAUGAUAUCAGACACUCGACUGAAUGCAGCUUCAAGGUCUCGCCAAAUCUUAAACCGAUGGGACAAAUUGAAAUAUCUAAAAAAUAA